GCUGCCGGGAUCUCGCCGCCCGUUCCAUGAGGAGGAGGAGGCGGAGGAGGCGGCGGAGGCGGCGGCCCUGGGGGGGGGAAAGGCGGGGGGAGACAGAAAGGGGGUGGCGCGCGCGCCAUUUCUAGUCGUUUUCAAAGAGCCUCGCGCUCGUUCUCACGGGCCCCCAUCGCCGGCGCCCGCUUUGCCCUGCAGCAUAAUAAAAUGGCUAAUCAGGUGAAUGGUAAUGCGGUACAGUUAAAAGAAGAGGAAGAACCAAUGGACACUUCCAGUGUAACUCACACAGAGCACUACAAGACACUGAUAGAGGCAGGCCUCCCACAGAAGGUGGCAGAGAGACUUGAUGAAAUAUUUCAGACAGGGUUGGUAGCUUAUGUCGAUCUUGAUGAAAGAGCAAUUGAUGCUCUCAGAGAAUUUAAUGAAGAAGGCGCCCUCUCUGUGCUCCAACAGUUUAAGGAAAGUGACCUGUCUCAUGUACAGAACAAAAGUGCUUUUUUAUGUGGAGUUAUGAAGACCUACAGGCAAAGGGAGAAACAAGGGAGCAAGGUACAAGAAUCAACAAAGGGACCUGAUGAAGCAAAGAUUAAGGCUUUGCUGGAGAGGACUGGUUACACACUAGAUGUAACCACAGGACAGAGAAAAUAUGGUGGUCCUCCUCCAGAUAGCGUGUACUCUGGUGUACAACCUGGCAUUGGGACAGAGGUUUUUGUAGGUAAGAUACCAAGAGAUUUAUAUGAAGAUGAGUUGGUACCACUGUUUGAAAAGGCUGGUCCCAUUUGGGACUUACGCCUUAUGAUGGAUCCUCUGUCUGGUCAGAAUAGAGGGUAUGCAUUCAUCACCUUCUGUGGAAAGGAUGCUGCACAGGAAGCUGUCAAGCUGUGUGACAGCUAUGAAAUCCGUCCUGGUAAACACCUUGGAGUGUGCAUCUCGGUGGCAAACAACAGGCUGUUUGUUGGAUCGAUUCCAAAGAAUAAAACCAAGGAAAACAUAUUGGAAGAAUUCAGCAAAGUCACAGGUUUAACAGAGGGUUUGGUGGACGUUAUUCUCUAUCAUCAACCCGAUGACAAAAAGAAGAAUCGGGGGUUCUGCUUCCUUGAGUAUGAAGACCACAAGUCUGCAGCACAAGCCCGACGCAGGCUUAUGAGUGGGAAAGUCAAAGUCUGGGGCAAUGUUGUGACCGUGGAGUGGGCCGACCCUGUGGAAGAACCAGAUCCGGAGGUGAUGGCCAAGGUGAAAGUUUUAUUUGUGAGAAACUUGGCCACCACAGUGACAGAGGAAAUUUUGGAGAAAUCCUUUUCCGAAUUUGGAAAACUAGAAAGGGUGAAGAAGCUAAAAGAUUAUGCAUUUGUUCACUUUGAAGACCGGGGAGCAGCAGUUAAGGCCAUGGAUGAGAUGAAUGGGAAAGAAAUAGAAGGGGAAGAAAUUGAGAUAGUGUUAGCCAAGCCUCCAGACAAGAAGAGAAAAGAACGCCAGGCUGCAAGACAGGCCUCCAGAAGCACCGCGUAUGAAGAUUACUACUACCAUCCCCCACCUCGUAUGCCACCUCCUCUGAGAGGCCGAGGGCGCGGUGGGGGAAGAGGCGGUUAUGGCUACCCCCCAGAUUACUAUGGCUAUGAAGAUUAUUACGAUGACUACUAUGGCUAUGACUAUCAUGACUAUCGUGGAGGCUAUGAAGACCCCUACUAUGGCUACGAUGAUGGCUAUGCAGUAAGAGGAAGAGGAGGAGGAAGGGGUGGGCGCGGUGCUCCGCCACCACCACGGGGGCGAGGAGCACCACCUCCACGAGGUAGAGCUGGCUAUUCACAGAGGGGGGCACCUUUGGGACCGCCGAGAGGAGCUCGGGGCGGGAGAGGGGGCCCUGCACAGCCGCAGAGAGGCCGUGGUUCACGUGGAGCUCGGGGUAACCGUGGGGGCAACGUAGGAGGCAAGAGAAAGGCCGAUGGGUACAACCAGCCUGAUUCCAAGCGCCGUCAGACCAACAGCCAGCAGAACUGGGGCUCCCAGCCCAUCGCCCAGCAGCCGCUUCAGCAGGGUGGCGACUAUUCCGGUAACUAUGGCUACAAUAAUGACAACCAGGAGUUUUAUCAGGAUACUUAUGGGCAACAGUGGAAAUGAAGUAGACAAGUGAGGGCUUGGCAAUGGUAUUGGCGAGAUUUGAUUGGCUAUAGAUCUACAUUCUUCAAAAUAAAAUUGGGCUUAACUGUUUCAUCUUUCAGUAGCAAUUUGCUGCCAUUUGUAUUGGGCUGAAGAAUCACUAUUGUGUAUAUACUCAAGUCUUUUUAUUUUUACUUUUUUUCUCUUUUCAUAAAUGCUCUUGGACAUUAUUGGGCUUGCAGAGUUCCCUUAUUCUGGGGAUCACAAUGCUUUUAUCGUUUUAGGCUUCAUCUUAGCAGUUUCAAAGCAGUCUGAGCAUACUGUUAAAUCAUGAUUUUUGCAGAACCUCUGGUUUUUGGACAGUUCCUUUUUCUUUUUUCUUUCUUUUUUUUUUUUUGGAUUUGAGAUAGACUACAUAGGAGUAUGAGUAUGCUGUAAAUAAAAGUACGAGCUAGUGCUUUGUCUUAGUAGUUUUAAGAAAUUAAAACAAACAAAUUUCAGUUUUCUUGUAUUGAAAAUAACCUAUGAUUGUAUGUUUUGCAUUCCUAGAAGUAGGUUAACUGUGUUUUUAAAUUGUUAUAACUUCACACCUUUUUGAAAUCUGCCCUACAAAAUUUGUUUGGCUUCAACGUCAAAGCCGUGGCAAUUUGUUCCUUGAUGUGAUUGUAUUUCCAAUUUCUUGUUCAUGUAAGAUUUCAAUAAAACUCAAAAAUCUAUUCAAAACAUUACCUAUUUCAAA